AAAUUGAUAUGGCUGCCACCUACUGGGUAUGUUAACAUUAACCUCGUGCUGUGGAGGGAUAAGGCUAGAGGCUUUGUGUAGUAAUUUUCUCCACAUUUUGUAAUCUUCAUUGUACAUUUAUACACAAACCAUGCCAGAGCUCAGUGUUGUUGACGUUGAAACUGCACAGGAGAAAGUGGUGAAAACAAAUGAUAGUGCUCAUGAAUCGGGUACAGAUUCUGACAGUGAAGAUUCUGUCCCUGAAUUGGAAGAACCAGAAACUUCUGGGACUCAAUCAACCAGUCAGGAACAGAUGGCUGAAGCAGCAGGUAUUACAGAGGAAAUGGUCAGCAAAGCUAAACAGAGCCGAAGUGAGAAAAAAGCCAGAAAGGUGAUGUCCAAACUGGGACUGAAGGAGGUGUCCGGGGUUAGUAGAGUCACCGUUCGUAAAUCAAGAAACAUUCUGUUUGUGAUCACCAAACCCAGUGUAUACAAAAGUCCAGCUUCUGAUACUUAUAUUGUCUUUGGUGAAGCUAAGAUUGAAGAUCUUAGUCAGCAAGCACAGAUGGCAGCAGCAGAGAAAUUCAAAGCUCCUGAACCAGGACUGGCUGUAGGUGAACCAACAAGAGCUGCCAUUUCACAACCAAUUGAGGAAGAAUCUGAAGAAGAUGAUGAAGAGGUAUAAGAUGAAGGAGUUGUAA